AUGGAUAACAGAUCUGGACUCACUCCAAAAGAGAUUCGGGAGUUGCAGGAGACAACGGUGCUUUCUGAGGCGCAGAUUCUUCGACUUCAUCAACGAUUUAAGAUGCUUGACCAGGCUGGCCAAGGAACUAUAACGGCAGAGGCCUUCAGUUCUAUUGCCUCUGUGGCCUCAAACCCUCUCCUAGGGCGCAUAUUGGCGGUAUUGGAUACAACUGGUGAUGGAAAAAUUGAUUUUAGGAAGUUUGCAAAGACGCUGGCGAUUUUUUCCCCACAGGCUGAUAAGCUGGAGAAACUGCGUUUCACCUACAUGAUGUACGACUUCGAUGGCGACGGCAAGAUCAGUAACAAGGACCUCUUUGAAACCCUGAAAAUCAUGGUGGGGACGAACCUAACGGAGGUUCAGUUGCAGCAGAUUGUUGACAAAACGUUCAUUGAGGUGGAUCUGAACCGUGAUGGGUAUAUUACAUUUGAUGAAUUUGAGAAGUUGACACUUUUGAACAAUUUUGGUGAUCGCCUCAACCUUUCCUUUUAG